UCCCAGCUAGUUUACACUAGUUUUUUUUUAUAUACACUAGUCGUAUUUGCACUCAGUUUUGUUUGCAAAACUGUGCAAUUUCAAUUGCACUACUCGCUCUCUUUCCCUGUAUUGCAGCAGCAGUCUGGACUCUCUCUCUCCCCGUUGGAGCAUUUUCUAAAUAGGUCAGCACCAGUGACUAUCCCGGAGUAGUAGCUACGACUAGUGGGUCCGACACUGCAGUUCUUCGGAAAUAAAAGUGAAACUGGGCUUCUUCUUUAAACGGCGUUUGAAGAGCUGAAGAAGGAGAGUUUUGACGUAGUCCCACGUCAAACUGUGUGUGCGAGUGUCAACCGGGAAGAUCUCCCAGACCCCGCUCCCUUGAACUUCGGCGUUGUACGAGAGCUACUACCACAAUAGCGCAAGCCGCACCACACUAUAACUAGUCUGUUAGUGUUUUUGGGGUGGUAGUGGUCGUGAAAAAUUGUGUAAUAUUUUCCCGGUGGGGUGCACUCGGGACUGCUAGGGAAACUCGAGUGCAUGUGCAGUUUCGAGCAAGAUCGCGACCGUGAAACAACUAGCGUCCUCGGCCGGUUCGAACUUUUCCGGACGGUUCUCAAUGAGCGUGUAAUUCUAGCUUUUUUUUUUGGAGCAAUUUAGAAGAGUCCAAAGUUUGUGUGGGGGAGUGUUGUGAGUUCGCGAUGAACCUGCCCAGAGCCGGAAGGGGGAUGACAUUUUCCUCAAUGGACCAUUUAUAGCCAUCGACCGCGGACGUCAAGAGUGAGAGGAAAAAAUAGUUAACGGAUCCCACCCCCUUCUCAACCCAGUUUUUUUUGUUCGGGAGUGAGCUAUUUUUAGGGAUAUUUCCCCAUCCCGAGUCGUGCUGUAACUAAUUCGGUAGUGAAAGUGACCAAAGGUGGUCACCCCCCUUCGACCGCCCUCCCGCAACCCGGUUAGAACCGGAUCCGGUUGGGGAUCGAGAGUGAGAGUGGGCUAUUUCCGGCGGCGAAGCCACCGUUUGUGCAGUUUUCACCCAAAGUUGGAAUCAAACCGGAUAUCACCCCCUAAUCACCAUGGCCGGAACGCAACCACCCCGCAGCGUGACGCCGAACGUCCAGCAGGACUACGACGUGACGCGGAUGCGCGAGGAGGACUUUGAGCGGCUGGCCGUGUACAUCGUGCCGGAUGUGCCCUGCGAGAAGGGCGUCCCGGGCCGGGCCGACAAAACGCUGCCCCGGAGCCUCACGCUGAAGCCCUCGCUGGUGCUGUCGACGCCGACGGCGACGACGGAAGGAGUAUGGAGCACGGGCGUGAUACCGCGCGGGACGCGCUUCGGCCCGUUCGAGGGCGUCCGGACGCCGAGCCACCCCAGUGACAAGCAGCUGUGGCGGUACUUUUGGAGGGUUCAGGAGCUCCGCCAUGUGUCCUAUGGGAACAUUAAGAUAUUCAAAGACAGCGACUUUUACUACCUGGACGGCUCGGACCCGGCCCACUCCAACUGGAUGCGGUACGUGGCGUCCGCGUACAGCUUCUCCGUGAUGAACCUGGUCGCGUGCCAGCACCAGGAGCACAUCUACUUCUACACCAUCCGGGACAUCAUGCCGAACGAGGAGCUGAUGGUGUGGUACUGCCGGGACUUUGCCAAGCGGCUCGGCUACGACAUCGACCCCGAGCGGGCCACCUACUCGAUCUGCCGCGAGGAAACGCUCAAGAAGACGUACGGAGCGAUCGUGAAGACGCCGGUGCCGGCGGACGUCGCGUACAACCACGUGAAGCACGUGAUGGGGUUGUACCUGCCGGCGGCGACGGCGACUGCGGUGACGGCGUCCGCGAUUCGGAACACACCGACGCCGAGUCCGUCGCCACCGGUGACGACGACGACGGCGACGGUGGUGGCGAGUGCCACCACGACCGUCGUGGUUCCCUCCAAGCAGCUGCAUCAACACCAUCACCAUCAUCUUCACCAGCAACAGCAGCAACACCACAUUCAGGUGCACCAGACGGUUCUGCGGGAGCCGAGGAGGGUGAAGGAGGAGCUGCGCGACAGGUCACCGAUCCGGAUCGUCAUACGGGAGGAGCAGAGCCCACUGCGGGAAAGUGCAAAAGAGGUCGUGGACGCGGACUCGCCAAUUUCUCAAACCAGCAAGGACACCGGUCACUACGAGCACCAGCUGACGCCGAACGACGGGUCGGUGCGGUCGGUUCGGUCGGACGAGGGCUACCACAGCAAUGGGUACCACGAGGACGGACUCACGCCACCGGAGGACUCCAGCGAUAGCGAAUCCGAGCACAACUACGUGCUGGACUGCUCGAAGAAGGCGAUCGAGCCGAAGGAAACGAGCGUCACCAGCCAGAAGGUGGACAGCUGUGAUAAGAACGAGUACCGGAAGGUCAAGAUGAAGAUGCCGCUAAAGUACGAGUUCAAGAACAACAAAAACUUCAAGCAGGAAGAGCUCGUCGAGGAGGAGGUCGAGGUUGUGACCACCCCGGCAACCAGUACCGUGAUCGUGAUGGACACCACCCCGGAAACCACGAUCGUCCCAAUCACAAAGACGUACUACGAAGCGGAAACGUCCACCUCCCCAGCGUCGACCACCUUCAUCCGGUACACGCCCCCUAGCAGCUCCAGCAUCCUCGAGACGAUACUAACCGGCGCACGGCCCGUCCCGGACGAUCCUCACCGGAGGCAACCGAACGCGACCCCGCCUCCAACCUCCCCCACGGAGAUGGCCUACUCGUACAAAAAAUCCCAGCGAUACGGAACCGCCUGCAGUCCGGACUCGAGCUCGCAAAACCCCGUCGAACCGAGCGACCCCCCAACCCUCACCACCACCCUCCAAGUGAUCCAGGAGUCCAAACUCAUCGCCGAACACCGCGAAUCUCCCCCAACCAUCAUGUACGACUCCCCGUACGAACCCUCCCCCCAGCACCACCACCCGUACUCCAUGUACGCCACCUCCCCCAACGGAACCGUCAUCAACAACGCACCCAGUUCAACCUACUCGCCACCCCUCAACGGUGGCCACUACGAGCGACUAACCUCAUCCAUCCCAACCACCGCAGCCGGAUUCGUCCACCUCCAAGGCUCCAAAGCCCCCGGACUCCCCCUCGGCCACCCCCUCAUGCAACCCCUGCCCCCGCUCACCCACGGCAUGUCCCCCGGCCGCAUCUCACCCCCGAGCAGUCUCAGUCCGGACGGCGGUUCGUACUCCCGCAGCGGCAGCCCCAUGAGCCCCGGCAGUCCCGGGUCCCGCGGCUACCGAAGCCUCCCCUACCCACUCCGAAAACGGGACGGCAAAAUGCACUACGAGUGCAACGUCUGCAGCAAAACGUUCGGCCAGCUCUCGAACCUCAAGGUGCACCUGCGAACCCACUCCGGCGAGCGCCCCUUCAAGUGCAACGUCUGCACCAAGUCCUUCACCCAGCUGGCCCACCUCCAGAAGCAUCACCUCGUGCACACCGGCGAGAAGCCCCACCAAUGUGAUAUCUGCAAGAAGCGCUUCUCGUCCACGUCGAACCUCAAGACGCACCUGCGGCUACACAGCGGCCAGAAGCCGUUCGCGUGCGAUCUGUGCCCGCAGAAGUUUACCCAGUUUGUGCACCUGAAGCUGCACAAGCGGCUGCACACCAACGACCGGCCGUACGUGUGCCAGGGCUGCGACAAGAAGUACAUCAGCGCGAGCGGGCUGCGCACGCACUGGAAGACGACCAGCUGCAAGCCAAAUAACCUGGAGGAGGAGCUGGCGCUGGCCGCCGCUUCGAACUCCGAGUGUAUAGACAAAGAACCGGAGAGCGAUCCACGAGACUUUUACGAGCUGCAGCACCUCGGCGGCGGUCACCCCCAGUCCCAACCUGGCACCCCGCACCACCACCACCAGCCACCGCACCCCGCCCAACUCUGCUCGCCCCAGCUCAGGCACAACCACAUCGGAUCUCCACCUCCCCACCACCAGCAGCAGCAUCCUUCGUGGGUGAGCAACCAGCACCACCAUCCCGGUGGUCCGGAAAUCAUCCAAAAGGUGUGCAAAAUCGAGCAACAUCCCGCGAGCAGUACUACCAGCAGCAGCAACAACAACAACAAUCCGGCCGUUCCGUCGCACUAUUUGACGGGGCCACCCCCGCAGCAGCAGCAACAGCAGCAAGAGCAGAGUCUUACGAGCCGACCCAGCGUCAUCGAGUCCAGCCAGCCGAUGAUCAUCGAGUGCACGUAGCCCCGGGUGGACAGCGUGAUUAGGGUUAGGACGGAAUGAUCUUCUUACUUUUUUUAUUGGUUUAAGGGCUGAACAACUGUGAAUAUUAGCUUUUUAAGAUCGAGGGGGACGCGAUAGUUUGUAAGGACAGAACGGAAAUAUUAAAUUUAUAUAUUUAUUUUUUACUAUCUUCGAGAGAGAGAGAGAGAUCGACGCGAAAUUGGCGAAGAAAAGAUGAAAAUUUGCAAAAAAUACAAGAAAUAAUAUUGUUAAGUGUUCUUAAGAUUAACUAAUUAUACGAAGAAGCAACAGCAGGCAAGAAACGAAUACUGAAGUUUGUCAUUUUUCUUGAAAGUUACAAAAAUCAAAUUCAGACAGCAACUUAACACUCCCCCCUUCCCAAAAAAAAAACAAGUUCCCUUCCAGAGUGAUCCCGAAGUUUGGUGCCACCGCUGUAAAUAUAGUCUGCUAGUUGGUGUGGCACCAAAAGUGCGAAAUGUUCCUCGAACUUUCCCCUUUUCCCCGUAACAAGAAGUAAAACAAACGAAUGUGAAAAAGAAACCAGUUGACGAAGACGAAAUUAUUGUGAUCAUUUUCCAAAAUUUGGCAAACGUAGGAUUUUCGACCCUAAUUUUAAAAAGUUUAACUCAGUGCAAGUAAGUUUGAUAAGUAAGCGAAUCAAGUGAGAGAAAAAAAGAGCGAGAGGGAGCAAAAUUAAAAAGAAAUGAUCAACAUGAGCAACAGACUGAAAUAUAUUUGCUAAAGUUAAAAAAAAAUAAACGAAAAAUUUGGUAGCUAAACUUUGUUUUGGCGUGUGAAUUUUGAAGAAAAAAAA